UAUAAUAAUUAUGAAAAUAGCUCUUGCACUAAUACUCAGCAUUGCAGUAUCUACCUCUUUGGCGUUCAAGCUUUUAGCUGAUAGUGACACACAGGUAGCUCCGAUUGCAGUUUUCGCAGGGUUUGGAGACGACUGUAGAAAUCCAGGAAUGAGCAGAUUUGCUAAAUUCUUCGGAGAAGGACUUAAUACUACUUCAAAAUGCAUCCAGAUCGGAUCAGGAGCGGCUUCUUCAAUCUUUAUGAGCUUUGAAGAUCAAGGCAAAGCUGCUUGUGAAGAGAUUGCUAAAGACCCUAUUUUUGAUGGAGAAUUCUCAGUUGUUGGAAACUCACAAGGUGGUCUGAUUGCAAGAUAUGUUGUCGAGAAAUGUCAAAACCUCAAAGGAAGAGUAAGAAAUAUGGCAACUUUUGGAGCUCCACAUUUCGGAGUCGGCAAAUUCCCAAGAUGCUUUAAAGGAAUCAUCUGUGAUGUCCUGAACUACGUGGUAGACUUUGGAGUUUAUUGGAAAAUGAUUCAGAACCAUGUUGGACCUGCUGGGUAUUUCAGAGAUGCUCAUCACCUUGAUUAUUACAAAGAUCACUCAACUUUCUUACCAUCUAUUAACAAUGAAAGAGAAUUUGACCAAGAAGCUUAUGAGAGAAUGGCAGGCUUGAACAAAGUGUUCCUCGGUAUGUUCAGUAAAGACGGUAUGAUCUAUCCUCCAUCCUCUGCUUGGUUCAACGAGUUAAGACCAGACGGAUCAAUUCUGUCUUUUAACGAGACUGAACUCUACACAAAAGAUUUGCUAGGACUGAAAACUCUUUACGAAGAAGGCAGAAUUGUGUUCCACGAGUUUGAUGGAGACCACCUACAAUUCUCUCUCGAUGAUGUGGAGGAGUAUGUGUUCCCAAUAUUGGCAUCUUAGGCACUAUUCUUUCAAUAUAUCACACAAAUAAA